AAUAGACAGCACUUUAUUACCGAUAAAAGCGACGCCGGCGUGUACCCGCGCCGCCGAGACUGUGCAAAAGACGACGAGGACUUUAGUGGACGCUCAUCAAGAGGAAGGAGAGAUGCUCGCCACUUUAGAAAGCGGCAGCCGGGAAGAUGCUAGCUGCCGCGGCAAACAAGGACAAGGCAACGAACGAACAACUCGAAAAGAUUCUUCCCACCCCAAGAGUCCACAAGGAGCCGCUGAAAUCCAGAAACAGCCAAACUGUAGCCCAUCGUCAGACCUCCCUCCCCUCGAACCCCCCAAACAAAACCAAACUUGGGUUCCCGCAAAUUCCCAUGACUCAGCAGAAAACCAUCUCAACGCCCGCACAACAAGUCAGUACUCGAAUAAACAAAACCUCUUCCAGGAACAGAAUCAUUACUUCCCUAUCUCACUGCAGAACUCCCGAAUCGGUUCUCCGAGACACCAAGCGAUGCCUUACACCAUACGAACAGAACGAAAUCAAGGAAUACCGCCACGUGUGGUAUGUGGGAGAAAAGGCCAAGAAAAUACGGCGCUCCAAAGAGUCUACGUCAACAUCGGAGGGAGAGUCCUUCGACGACUCCAAGGGAUUCUACAAAGUGAGGGCUGGAGACCACCUGGCCUACCGCUUUGAGGUGCUUGGGGUGAUGGGGUCAGGAUUGGCUGGAAAGGUGCUUAAAUGCAGGGACCACAAGACCAUGACACUUGUCGCCAUCAAGGUCUUUCGUAACACAACCGAAGGUCAAAAGAUGGCACAGACAGAGUUGGACAAUCUAAAGACCCUACAAAGGUUAGAUAGAACCAACAAAGCCAACAUGGUACACAUGAAGGAGCACUUCUACUUCCGGAACCAUCUGUGCAUUACCUUUGAGCUAUUUGAAAAGGACCUCCACAAAGCACUAGUUGAGAGCAAAUUGCGACGACUGUGCGAAGCCGACAUUAGAAAAUAUGCCAUCGAUGUGCUCAAAUGUCUGAAGGUUCUCAAAGAUGUGCAACUCAUCCACGGAGACUUAAAACCGGAAAAUAUCCUAUUGGACAAGGAAAACAAUGCAGCAGUAAGUGACUUCGGCGGGAGCAUCUUUAUCAGAGGUCGGCCGACCAAUCAGACACUAGCGUACAUGGCUCCGGAGCGUCUGCUUGGCAAGUGUUGUACCACAGCCUCGGACAUGUGGAGCCUCGGCUGCACGCUGGCUGAGCUCGACUGGGGCCUAUUUCUCUUUAAAGGCAAAGACAAAGGCGACAUUUUCAAUUGUAUAACAAGGGUCCUGGGUCUCCCACCAAUUGACUUGAUGAAUGCAGCGAGCCGGAAAAACUACUGUGUUGAUGGUUCAGAUACUGAAGAAAAAAAGCCCCCAAGGACCCCACUGGCAACAAGACUGAAGUCCAAGAAUCCAAAGUUUCUGGACUUUAUUCGGUGCUGUCUCGAGUAUGAUGCAACAAAGCGGCUCACGCCGGAGAAGGCUUUGCGACAUCCGUGGAUCAAGCAGGCAACCAAACAUACAUAUAACAGACCGACAAUAAGCAGCUUACUGAAGAGAGAGAAGAUUCCACCGCCAAUGUUGCAGCCAGUGCCACAGUACAAAUAAGCUCUUGAGAUCAACGAUAUCAGACUGGAUGGCCAUUUGUCGACAGGCUUUUUAUUUCUUUAUCUUGACUAUGCCCAUAUUGACAAAACUCAACCUGAUACUGGGUGUUUGUAUCACCUUGCAGUCUGACAUUCUUUUGCCCUCAAACCCAUAAGGCUAAAGAAUAACAGUACUACUGACCAACCCUUUUUUUUUAACCUUCAACGUAGCCUGUUUUGAGUUGGUUGUCCUGUCUUAUCCAAAUGAGCUGCUCUUCACGCCACGCCACUACUUCAAGGCCAUUUCGAAGCAUGGCAUUUAUUGCCAUACGGAAGAAGCGCGUGCCCAUAAAGACAGAAUAAGCAUAUUUUCAUUCGCUGUAUUAUGUAAGUUAACUGCAUUUUUACAAAAUUCAGUUAAAAGUCGAUCACUCACACAAUUUGAGAAAGAGGCAGAUGAAAGUGACUUAGUUGUGCAAUUUCCCACUUGAUGAGUGGGCAGGUGCCCAGCUGUUUGUACACAAGCAAUUAAAAAGUCAAUUUUCUCAAAAAGUCCACUUACAAGAUGCACCCUUACUGUAUGUUUUAAGCUCGUCUGCUCGUCAGCAGAAAGUUGCCAAGACAGACAAAGCUUUUUAAACUAUAAUUAAUCCUGUGUAGCCAGCAGCUUCCUCCACAGAGCACCGUGGGUCAUUAACUGGCGAUAAGAAUUCCAGCUUUUGUAUGCAAUAACGGUGCAUAGGGUUUCCUGCUGUAGCUGCAAAUGAGUAAAGGGGGCGAGGGGGGCUGAACGCUGAAUGCACCAGAAAGUGAAUUUAAAACACAAAUGUAAUUAGGACGACAGGUUUAGCUCCCUCUGCGUGUCUGCAGACACCAUGAUGCAGCGGGCCUGACCUGCGAAUUUACAAACUGAGGCAAAAAGGUCAACGAGGGGACUGCUUGCCAAUGCGGUGUGAACUGCUUGCGAAGCGUUUAAUGCUUUUAGAUUGACAUUUACCACUUCCAUCUUAUAUUUGAAAGACGUCUGAGUAAAAUAGUUGGUGAUACCGUAAAAGGUUGCUGUUGGGUAAUGAACACUUUGUCAGGUCCAUUUUUCCAACUCAUUUUGAAAGAGAGAGGGAUUUCAGUGGUGUUCUGGGACAAGAUGGAUGAGAGCUUUAGUUUUAAGAGAUCAAUGUAUCCUUUGCCAUUGACAGUGAUAGAUGUUCAAUCCAUUUGACUUGCCAUUCCCUCCCAUUUGCCUGGAUUUGAUAAUUGUACACUCGUGUGCAUUUUCCAUUUUCACUGUUAUGGAUUUGUCGUCUAACGAUGUCAAUGGCAGCGACUGAUUUGUAAUUUUCACUAUUCAAACUUUUGGAAUUAUCAAUCUGUCACUAGGUUUGAGAAUGAAACUCCUACAGAAAAGAAUGUAGCAGUUCUCAUGGAAAAGAACGUAGCAGUUCUCAUGGUUCGCCACAGGGUGAGCAGAACUGCAGAUUGAACUAAAAUUGAUACUUUUUUUUAGGUAUUCAAUCCUCCCGCCCCUAAUGAAUACAAAGUUCCUUUCUGGUAACCGAUUCCUUUUUAAACCAAGUUACGGAAUGAUAAUCCCAAUAGUUUGAAGAGGGACAGAAAAUAACAUUUUUCGAAAGAACACAGUCACAUCAAACAAUUGUGAUGAAAAAGUGUGGUUUUGUGCAAUGAUCAUUUUUCAAAUGUUGAUUUUUUUUCUUGUGGUCUUUGAUGAGAUCUUGAUAAUCGCGCCUGUUUCAGUGGAAUCAGCAAUAAAUAGACAUUAAUAUUCA